CCCACUUCCGGGCCGGAAGCGUGUCAUCAGUUUGACAAAGCAGAAGGGAGAACGAGAAACUCCAGUAUAGAAAAUCAAAAUGGCGUACUGUUUCUAAUCAGAAAUGAAACGUAUUGGAAAAGGAAAUUCAUCACCAUGGUCCAGACUAAACACAGGAUGAAAAAGAGCCAAGAUAACAACAUAGACUUGUAUGAUGUAUGUUGGUCGAAAUUUUUCGACAUUGAUGGGAACUCAGUCACACUAACCAGCAGCACUGCCGGUCCGAGUACCUCCCUUGCUCCGACGGAUGGCGUCAGUACUAAAAAGCCUUUCAGUACCAUACCCCACGCGAUGGUUUACGUUAUAGGAGCCUCUGCUGUGUUCGUCCUCGUCAUGUGUAUGGUUUUCCUCGUCUGUAUGGUCAUGUCUCGAAAGACUCGCAGUGAAAGAAGGAGACGAAAGGCGGCCGAGGCGGAUUGCAAUGUGAUGAAGACGACCCUUACGAGCAUUACUGACACAGAGGAAAAUACAGCGUACGCUGAGGUCUCCAUGGGAGAUCCGACGUAUCGAGAUGGUCAUAUUGAACUGCCAAGUAGAAAGCGAACUAGGCUAGGAGGAGUGUCGAACGGUCUGCAGACGGUGAAACGAUUCUUUAGUGUAGAAGGCAAUCAACCGACAACGGCACAGCCAUAUGCUGCGACACGGGAACCAACGCGCCGGGACCCACUUCCGGCUAUACCGGAAGCUGGACAAAAAAGUAAUAGCUUUCCACGAUCGCGCGAACAAAGUGAAAAACGACUUUCAUAUAGAAAUCCGGAAUACGAGGAAAUAGGUCCAGACAUUUUCCGCAGGAGUCAUAUUUAUAAUCCUUUGGACAGUUCCUUAAAGGUGACGGUCAUGGGUGGAAACCCAUAUGAGGCGUUACGUCAGAGCACCUUAGCCCCGAUACCGGGCUCAACCCGGAGUCUACCCCGAGAAGGCAAUACGGAAGAUAACUACUUUAUUGUGGAGAAGGAAGGCGAUGGUUAUUCCAAAGUGGUUAAAAACAAUGCUCCAGUGGAUGGGGCGUAUUUUAUAGUAGAAAAGGAGGCCGAGGUAUCGUCUCCUGAGGGACCCCGCUCACCUGAUAAUGAUGGUGAUAUCGAUAUAAACGUUAUACCACCAUCUUCACCACAGACAGUAUCUGACGAGGACGCUGAGCGACAACCCAUGCUAGGUACACAUUCUGAAUAUCCGGAAGCUACUGGGGGGUCUGAUAAUAACUAUUUCUUGUUGGAGAAAUCUAAUGGGACAGCGACUGCGGAACCCGAUUAUCGGGACUACGUACAACCGAUGGACAAACAACGUAACUCAUACAUCGAUAUCCUUCCAGAUCAUGAUAAUUUUGUUGACAUUAAAAAACAGUCGGACGAGCGGAGGAGGGUAUUAACGGAUACAUAGCCGUCGAAUUUUGCUGUAUAUUACUGUUCUGGGGUGUGUAAUCUGGACGGUGACACUGGGGUGUGUAAUCUGGACGGUGACACUGGGGUGUGUAAUCUGGACGGUGACACUGGGGUGUGUAAUAUGGACGGUGACACUGGGGUGUGUAAUCUGGACGGUGACACUGGGGUGUGUAAUCUGGACGGUGACACUGGGGUGUGUAAUCUGGACGGUGACACUGGGGUGUGUAAUCUGGACGGUGACACUGGGGUGUGUAAGGUGCUGAGUCGUAGAAUGACGUUGAUAUCAUCUGCUGAGCCGUAAAAAGUUGUACACAUUUGAUUUUGAACCGGCAUAUGAUAUUGUAUAGCGUGGUUAUUAGCAAUAUUAUAAUUCAUACUGUGGUUAACGUUCUUAGCCGUCGUAUGCUAUUGUAUAAUUUGGUCCUUAGUGUCGGAUGAUAUUGUACAUGUAAAUUGCUGCUCUGAAACGUCGUAUGAAAUGGUAUACUAUAGUUCUAAGCAAUCUUAUGUUAUUUUCUACUCUGUCCCUAGCCGUCGUAUAAUAUUGUAUAAUAUGGUUCUUACCGUCGUAUUAUAUUGUAUACUAUUGUUCUAAGUCGUCGUAUGAUAUUGUAUACUUUGGUUCCUAAUGUCGUAUGAUAUACUAUAUACAUUGGUUCUUAACGUCGUAUGAUAUUAUAAACUGAAAUUAUUAGCCGUCGUGUGAUAUUGUAUACCUUGGUUCUAAAUAUCGUAUGAUAUUGCAACUGUAAAUUGCUUUUCUAAGCCGUCGUAUGAGAUUGUAUACUGUGGUUCUGAGCCGUCUGAUGGUAUUGUUUACUGUGGUUCUUAGCCGUCGUAUAAAAAUGGUAUGCUUUGGUUCUUAGCCAUCGCAUGGUAUUGUAUACUUUGGUUCUAAGACGUCGUAUACAAUUGUAUACUGUGGUUCUGAGCCGUCGUUUGAUGUUGAAUAAUGUAGUACUGAGCCGAAGUAUAUAUAUAUGAUAUUGUAUAUUUGCGGUUCUGAACCGUAUUUUGAUAUUGUAUCGUGCUGAGCCGUGGUAUGAUAUUGUAUCGUGUUGAGCCGUGGUAUGAUAUUGUAUCGUGUUGAGCCGUGGUAUGAUAUUGUAUCGUGUUGAGCCGUGGUAUGAUAUUGUAUCGUGUUGAGCCGUGGUAUGAUCGUGUUGAGCCGUGGUAUGAUAUUGUAUCGUGUUGAGCCGUGGUAUGAUAUUGUAUCGUGCUGAGCCGUGGUAUGAUAUUGUAUCGUGUUGAGCCGUGGUAUGAUAUUGUAUCGUGCUGAGCCGUGGUAUGAUAUUGUAUCGUGAUAAGCGUGGUUUGCUGACGAAUAAGAGAUAUUUGAGUUUAUUGUUUUUCUUGAUUUUUCGUGCUCGCUGAUUGGUUAGAACUGUGUCAAGUGAACAUCUGUUGCACUGAUAUAAAUAGACUCAAGGGGAAUCCCCGCCAUUUAUCAUUUUGAAGCUUGAAUAUAUAUAGUGCAUCAAAGUCUAUCAGAGUCAAGCGUUCCUAAGACCUAGUUACGAAGCGGCGUUCUUUUGGAAAAAAUGAAUGAAGCAGACGUCAACAAACAGCUAAAAACAUCGCAAUUCCCCUCGCUCAGUGGAGAGGAAAUUGAAUCCAUAUUGGAUAACUCGGAUUCAGUCAAUACUAAAAGGGCCACUAUGCCCUAAUUGCUAAGGGAGUAUCUGACGUCGAAAAAUCUAAACGAAUUUAAUGAUGAGGUAGAUCAUUAAUUUUAUUAUUCAAUGAUUAAUUCAUUAUUAAAUUAUUCUUAAAAAUAAUGUCUCGAUUUAACAUGUUUACAUUGCAGAGACAAGAAAGUAAAAUUUGUUUUGAUCGAGUUUUUCUUUUUUAAUUUUCUAUCAAGAAAAAAAAAUCUAGAAAAAUAAUAGAGUGCUCAAUUGUUGCUUUUUGAUUUCGGUCAAUUCGUCCUCGGUCGAUAUUGUUUUCUUAGGUCAAUAUAUAUCGACCUUAUCAAACUUCUAUAAUUAUACAGUAUUAAUUCAUAUGCCAUACCAGACGCGUGUUUGUUUAAGACGUAAAAGGUUGUUAAAGGAAAGGUGUGUGUGUCUUACAUUUUUCUUUGGUUGUUUGUUCGACAACAGUAGAAAUCUAACAUGCUUUUUUUUCAUCAAAUUCAGAAGCGAGAUUACUUUUAAGUACUAAAUAUAUAAUAACAAACUUAAUACUCCAUGAAAUCUUUGCAAUUUCCCAGUGUUUGCUUCGAGUAACUAUUAGACGAAAACGUUCUGGGAUUCAAGAAUUCUCAUACCAAGUCCGGCCUAACUUUAAAAUCAUCCCUGUGUUAUGCAUGUAUCGUCAGUACCCACGUAAUAUAUAUCCUCGCCAGUCUCGUAUUCAUGAAUCAUUUAUGAACCAAGCCCGGUAAUGUGGUAAGUACCGAAAAUCUGACCAAUCAGAAACGUUGUUGUAUGUGCUCUUUGGUUUGUUUUACAAGAUGACAGUAUACACAAAUCAUAGACGCGGCCAGUUUGGUGUGACGUUUCUAUUUUUCUAAAAAGAAGAGUUCCUUUUUAAUAAGAAAUAUUUAGACUAUUCGAUAAAAAAUAGAAUUACAGAAGGUUUUCAAUACAGUGCUCCCACGGGUCAAACGAGUGAAAGAAAGAGAAUAGGCCUACUCCGUAGGAGCCGGCGAUCGAUGGGUGGCAUGCAUGGUGAACCAUACAGAAAGUUGAUACCGUGUUACACUAUAGGGUUUUGUUGACUUGGACUUACUACCGUAUCGGACUUAGUACUUACCAUGCUAGAUGUAUACGUGUGUGUGUGUGUGUUUAAACAGUAUCAUCAUCUCGUCCUAUACUAGAAUACUUCGAAAAUUCAUAUCACGAUAUUUAACGUGUAUUAUCGGAUAUUUACAUUUUUGUUAUUUGUUGAACCUCGAAGUCUUAUCGAAAGAUGCAAAAAACAGGGAGCAAAUCCCCGCAAAUAUCCGCCAGGGAGUUUACGUGGUCGAAAAUUCUAAGACACUGUCAACAAGAAAUGAAUAUUUUUUUUCCGAGUGGUAAACCUAUGUCCUCUCGCUAGUGUAUUGUACGGCUAUAAAGUAACGUUCCGGAGCGAUACACUCGGAACUUCUUGCGGUAUAUUCAUAUCAACCACUGGAAAUGUAUAGGGGUGUUUGUUUCGUUCGUUUAUUCCAUAAAUUGUGUAACCAAUCUGUUUUUCAAACAACAUGGCGGCACAGUGAACGAUUUCGUUCACCGAGGGUUUAGAUCAGAUUGAUUAGGCUGCUACAUGCUUACAAAAGUUAGGAAAUGUGCUUGAAGAUACUUAAUAUGUCUUCUUACUAUACAAUACAAGUUAGUAAUUUUGAUAUUUGCUCCAUGUUUUUGGCAACUUCAAGGUUCGACAAAUAGCAAAAAUACAAAUAUACGAUCAUAAAUGUUGAACCGUCGUAGUCUUAUAUUAUAGGACUAAAACAUUGUCAUACAAAAAAAAGUCGAUAUACAUGUACAAUUGAAUGUAUCCAUUGUAAGUACAUCGUAUCUUUGCAAUGAAUGGUAUGUUGACUUUAAGAAGUAAUAAAUUUGUGUGUAUUGAUUGAU